UAUGCAUGGACAUUGAAAUAAUUCAAUAUGGGGAGGGAAAAAAACAUCCUCGUCAUGGGUGUGACGGAAGAAACAGAAAAUAUAAAUCUGCUGCAUGACCAAACAACCAUCACAUCUCAGCAGUUUCUCCUCCCGUCAGUGAUGGAGGAAACUGAACUCUGCUUUCCACAGCUCUUCAACUCCUCCUGCAGGAGGAUGAAGCGUUCUCACUUUGAAGCAACGCUGGUUUACAUCCUGCUGUCCUGCAUCUCUCUGCUUACUGUGAUUCUCAACCUGCUGGUCAUCAUCUCCAUCUCACACUUCAGGAAUCUCCACACUCCCACCAACCUCCUCCUCCUCUCUCUGGCUGUCUCUGAUGUCUUUCUGGGUCUCCUCAUGUUCUUUCAAAUUGUGCUCAUAGAUGGCUGCUGGUUCCUCGGUGACUUCAUGUGCACUCUGUAUCACUAUCUACCAUACACCAUCACCUCAGCCUCAAUAGGAACUAUGGUGAUGAUAUCGAUUGACCGCUAUGUGGCCGUUUGUUACCCUCUGCAUUACUCUAUUCAAAUCACACAACAGAGAGUUCAAAUCUGUGUGUGUCUGUGCUGGAUCAGUUCUGUAAUAUUUCCAACUCUGCUUCUGAAGGAUUCCCUCAAGCAGCCGGGCAGGUACAACUCCUGUGUCGGAGAGUGCGUCUUUGUUAUUGAUUACAUUAGUGGACUUGUAGAUGUUAUUUGUUCCUUCAUUGUUCCUAUUACGAUCAUCAUAGUUCUGUAUGUGAGAGUGUUUGUGGUGGCUGUGUCUCAGGCUCAUGCCAUGCAUUCUCAGCUUGUACCAAACAAGCACUCAGUUAGAGCAACUGUUCAGAAAUCUGAACUGAAAGCAGCCAGGACUCUUGGUGUUGUUGUAGUAGUGUUUAUAAUAUGUAUGUGCCCAUAUUACUGUGUUGCUCUCACAGGACAAGACAUCGUUCUCCAUGGCACAUCUGCCAUUGUGAUAUGUGUGUUCUACUUAAACUCCUGUCUAAACCCCAUCAUCUAUGUCUUCUUGUACCCGUGGUUCAGAAAAUCAGUCAAGCUCAUUGUAACACUUCAGAUACUGCAGCCUGCCUCCUGUGAGGCAAAGAUGCUGUAGAGACACUUUACCAUGAACAGAAAAAUGCACUUUGCAGUAUUGAGUCAUUAAAUGACAUAUUUGAAUGGACAUGCUCUUAUAUAGCACUUUACUACUCAUCAGAGGACUCAAAGCGCUUAUACAACAAUUGCUUCCAUUCAACCAAACGCUCACACAUUCUCACUCUGGGGCGGACGGAAGCGUGGCUGCCAAUCUGCGCCUACGGCCCCUCCGACCACCACCAACAUUCACACGCCAGUGAAGAGCACUGGAGGCAAAGUGGGUUAAGUGUCUUGCCCAAGGACACAACAGCACAUGACUAGGACAGAGUGGGAAUCAAACUGCUGACCCUUCCAUCACUGGACGACCCGCUCUACCACCUGAGCCACAGCCGCCAUAUUUAAAAUUCGGAUAACAUUUGUAUGAAUGAUUUGUACAUUCAUAUGGAUUCAGAUUGUGCUCAUGACACUAUAAUAUAUGUACAAGUGUAAUGUUGCCAAAGCAGUAUGAGGCACAACCAUCGCAGUUCAUCUGAAAAUUGAAUUUUUCACUGUUCUUUACAGAUCAGUUGCGCCAAGGAGUGCAGAAUGUUUUCGCUUUUGCAGAAUUUUGUGAAAAUGGUUUGUUUCUGGCAAACUGUUAAAUGAGACUAGAAUCAAAACAUUUUGGAGAAACAUCACAAUUGCAUACAUAGAUUUUGUUGUUUCUCCAAACAGAGUCACACAUCACAUUGGAUCAUUUUCAGGGCUGUCGGAGAGUUGAACAUCCAACUGCUCCUUCAGUUUACACUAUUUCUUUGACUGAUAAAUUGUAUAAUUUGACAUUUCUUUAAACAAAACAGGGCCUUCAGGACCUACAUUUUUAAGUGUUAUGAUGGUGUGUCUCUCCGGGUAAUUACCUUUUCCUCUCAAUUUUUAUCGCAACACAUUAUUUUCUGCAGCACAAUACUGUUCUAAUAAUGCUCUGGAGGGUUCCACGGUGUGUUCCAACACUGCUUUAUGCAGACAGAGGGGGUUGGAAGUAAUCUAGAAAAGUUAGGUAGCACCAACUUUCAAAGCUUGAUCAGCCUCCAUUGCUGCAGAACAGCUUAAAAUUGUUAGCCCAUUUUUUGUUCCUUGAAAAGCCUUUUGUAUAAUUUUGAAAUGUACUUUAUUUUCAGUUUUGAGUAAUCUUACCCUUUUUUUCUUAACCUCUGGCAGUUAAACAUUUACCUUUGUACCAUUUCA